AUGGAGCGUUCGCUUGAACAGCGAUACGCCAUCAAGUUUUGCGUGCGGCUUGGAAAGAAUGCAACCGAAACAUUCCAGAUGCUUCAAGAGGCCUUCAAGGACGACUGCAUUUCAAGGUCACAGUCCGGGAGGUGGCACAAGGCGUUCAAGCAGGGCCGGGAUGAGGUCGCCGACGAACCCCGUUCUGGACGCCCAACAACGGCCAGAACCGACGAAAACGUGAAUCGUGUGUGCGAAGUUUUGCGUUCCGACCGUCGAUUGAGCAUCCAGCACAUCGCUGACACCCUACACAUGUCCACAUUUAUGGUACAUGGGAUAGUGACCGAGGAUCUGCAAAUGCGCAAGGUCUGCGCGAAGCUUGUGCCGAAAGUGUUGACGGAAGACCAGAAAGAACUUCGAAUUUCGCGCUGUCAAGAAUUGUUGGAUUUGAUUCAAAAUGAGCCGGACUUUCUUAACUCUGUCGUAACCGGAGACGAAUCUUGUUCGAGUACGACCCAGAAUCGAAAAGGCAGAGCAGCGAGUGGCACACAAAAUCAUCCCCCCGCCCCAAGAAAGCGCGAAUGA